AUGCUUCCAAAUCCACUGUUCGCAUCCUCAGCAAACUCUAACCUCUGCUUCCCUGCCGAGAUACCAAAACCGAAGCGGAUUCGUACGGCAUUCUCACCGCAACAACUGUAUCAACUUGAGAGCACGUUUGAAAAAAACCACUACGUGGUUGGACAUGAAAGAAAAGAACUAGCCUCCAAUCUCGGACUGACUGAGACACAGGUCAAAGUGUGGUUCCAAAAUCGACGAACAAAGUUUAAACGACUCCGGCUGGACGAAGAUAACGAUGUGCUCGAAAUCACGGCCGGGAGUCCCUACAACCAAGACGUAGGAUCAGCUUCCAAGACUGGUUCUGUCACACAUAGUGAGGAGGAAGUAAUUAUGGCGGACGAAGUUUUAGAGUCGUCCAUGAAUGGGUUAUUUAUGCGCACAGUUAAUCAAUCGAAUUGCCAGACUACAGAUGCGAAUUCGCAGCUUCAGGCUGCAGAGUAUGAAGAGCAGAUUCAUAUCAAAUCCAAUCAAAAUGACCAUAACGUAUCCAGAGUGGGAUGA